AUGCGGCCCAAGGGGGCGGGGGGGCGAACUGGUCAAAGAGCACGCCUCUCACUUGCUACGGUAGCAUUCGGAGCUUUAUUCCGCGGAAUGUCAGAUGCAAGAGGGGAGAAAGUGUGA